UCUCUCUCUUCUCUGGAAUAAUUAAGACAAAGUAAAAGGCGACCAAAGGAUAGAAACAUUGAGAACACGAAAGGCCCUUCUCGACGACGCAAAAAGACUUGAAAAGCUCCACCAGGACUUGAGAGUCUCGUUUUUUUUUUUUGGGGGGGGGUGCACGGUAUUCGAGGCGAUAGACUUGAAAGUGUGGAAGUUGGGGAGGACGUGCACACAGCGGAAAAUAUACAGCUGAGCUACAACUACUAGCCACACACAGCUAAGCGGCACAACUAGCCACACAGCUAACUGAGCUUUCAAAAUCACGGGGCUUGACAUCCAGGCACUGCGAGGAAUCCAGGGACUUACUUAAUGAAUUAUGUCUGCCACAAGCAUUGACCCUCAGAGAUCAAAGGGACAAGCAUCUAAAGUGCAAAAUGGUUCAAUGCAUCAGAAGGAGACUGUCCAUGACAAUGACUUUGAGCCAUACCUCACUAGUCAGUCAACUCAGAACAACAGCUACCAGUCCAUCACCGAUCCCUACCUGUCCAGCUACUACGCCCCUUCCAUUGGGUUUCCGUACCCCCUCAGUGAGGCACCUUGGUCCACAGGUGGAGAUCCGCCUAUUCCAUACCUGACCCCCUACGGAGCCUUGAGUAAUGGAGACCAUCACUUUAUGCCAGACACGGUGUUUGGCCAGCCGGGGGGCCUGGGAAGCAGUAUCUACCCCCACAGGUUUAACUUUUUCCCUGAAAACCCUGCCUUCUCUGCUUGGGGCACAAGUGGCUCCCAAGGCCAGCAGACUCAGAGUUCAGCCUAUGGAGGCAGCUACAGCUACCCUCCUAGCUCCCUUGGGGGCACCCUGGUGCCUGAUGGUCAGACAGGCUUUCAUAGUGACACCCUCAACAAAGCACCAGGAAUGAACAGUCUGGAGCAGGGUAUGGUCGGUUUGAAGAUCGGAGGGGAUGUAACUGGUCAGGGGUCGGGAGUCAAGGCAGUGGGAUCUGUCAUUGGUGGUCCUGCUGUGGCGCCCACAGGGAAUGGAGCUACACCUAUUGGAAUGCCUCCACCCAAACCCACCUCCUGGGCUGCCAUUGCAAGCAAGCCCGCUAAGCCACAGCAGCUGAAAGCCAAGUUGAAACCAGGGAUGCCCAAUCCAGGAGGAGCUCUUCCUCCGCCACCCAUCAAACACAACAUGAACAUUGGGACUUGGGACAAGGGCCCAGUGACUAAAGUAGCCACAGCUCCAAUGCAGCAGCAGCCUCUUGGCCUGCCUCAUGGAUUGCAACCUCAACCCCCCAUGCAGCAAGGCCCCAUGCAGCACCCGCCUCCCCAAUCUUUGGUGCAGCCCCAGAUGCAGCCUAUGGCCUUACAGCCCCACCCCUCUCAUCACCAGCACCAUCAGCCACCACCUCAAGCCUACCAAAACCACACCCAGCCCCCUCAACCCCAGACACGCUGGGUUGCCCCGCGCAACCGGAACCAAGGCUACGGGCAGGGUUGCCCUGGCCAAGAUGGUGGUGGUGUGAUGGGUAUGGUUGGUGGUGGGAACAGUGGCCCCCAAACUUCUGCUAACCAGGGACCUGGUGCAGAGUCCCACCCAGUGCUUGACAAGCUGCGUGCCAACCAUAGCUACAACCCCAAGGAAUUUGAGUGGAACCUGAAGAAUGGUCGUGUUUUCAUCAUUAAAAGCUACUCUGAGGACGAUAUCCAUCGCUCUAUCAAGUACUCCAUCUGGUGCAGCACGGAGCAUGGCAACAAGCGGCUGGACUCAGCCUUCCGGGCCAUGAGCAGUAAGGGCCCCGUGUACCUGCUGUUCAGUGUCAACGGCAGCGGCCAUUUCUGUGGUGUGGCAGAGAUGCGUUCGCCAGUGGACUAUGGUACCAGCGCUGGUGUUUGGGCGCAGGACAAGUGGAAGGGCAAGUUUGACGUGGACUGGUUGUUUGUUAAGGACGUGCCUAAUAGCCAGCUGCGCCACAUUCGCCUGGAGAACAAUGACAACAAACCGGUGACCAACUCCCGUGACACCCAGGAGGUUCCUCUGGAGAAGGCCAAACAGGUGCUCAAAAUCAUCACCACCUACAAACACACCACCUCCAUCUUUGAUGAUUUCUCCCAUUAUGAGAAGAGGCAGGAAGAAGAGGAGGAGGUGCGAAAGACCUUUGAACCUCCUCAGAUACAGAGCCGCUCUCGGUUGGAUCAGGAGCGUCAAAACAGGAAUAAACAAUAGAAGACAUUUAUCCUUGGCUUGAUCAACAGUUACACUAGGACUUUUGAUUUAAGAGACAGAUGAAUAUGAAAAUGCAACCAAGCCCUUCAUUUUUUUCUAUUUAAUCCUGGUCAAUCUCUGCCAUUGUUGAAACUUGUGCUUUUUUGCUCCAUGUACCACCCACUUCUUGUGCAGGGAUAACAAGCUGAUUUCAUGUAUUACGUAGCCGCUACCAACACACUCUUUAGUUCGGGGUCCUUUUUUAAAAGUAUUUUUCCUCCCGUUCCAUCUCGUGCUCUUCUCUCACCAGACUGGUUUCCCGUCCCCUACCCAAACCUCUUUCCAAUUGAAUCAGGGUUUGACUGCACCAUGGAGAAAAAUCUGCCACUUUAUAUUUCAGUACAAUCAGGAACGGAUGUGUCCUGCCCCUGUUUGUCCAUUUGGGGGCAAUAUUGCCAUGCUUCAGAGGUUUUAACUGUGCCAACAGGGUUGGAGGAUCCCAAAGGCAAUGUCGGACUUGGAGCUGUGCGAUAAUAAAACUUCACUGGUUUAUCUAUUUUUCAUUCAGAUCGACAAAUCUCUAUUUUUUGGCUUACUACUGACAAUUUCAUUUCAGAAACCUGUUUUCUGGAGCCUUAAUGUUUUUUUUUUUUUUCUAAUUAUUGGUGACUCAAAGAACUGCUCAAACAGUGACACUGCUGGAGAAAUCAGGGAUAGUGUGAAGUCACACGGGACUCGAGACAUUUCUGAGGAAGAAAUGCAAAGGCCUCUGGGAAAGAAAAAAAAAACGGAUGUGUCCUCCACAACCAGAACUCUCACCAUUUUAAGUCAAAAAUUGUACAAUUGACUUCCCUUACACCCCUCUGCUUUGCUUUCUUUUGAUGUUUGUCUUGAAGGGGUCUUUUGUAUGUUUCAUCGGGAGAUUCUGAUGUGUACGCAACCCAGUCUGAGAGAAUUGUUGCAUCUAACAUUUUUAAAUUGUUUUAUAAUCAGACAUUAUGUAAUGAUGUAACUACUACAUUGAAUGAAUUGUUGCUUUUGUUCCACAGAAACGGGGGAGGGUUAAUGUCUCUGUCCAUUCACCAUCAUUCUGUCUUAAUCCUCGUUUUUUUCUUGGUUGUUUUCCUUGAAUUUUGUUUUGCUAAGUCUGUCAUGUUGGUCGUAAUGCUAAGCUUUAAUGUAGGAGCCUAUAUAUUCAUGGAGAAAGCCUAAAAAAUGUAUAACCUAAAAAUUAAUGUAACUGAUUUACUAUCAAGUAAGAAAAAAAUAAGAAUGAAAUGUGGUUUCUGUGUGUUUUUUGGUUGUUUCAAAAAAUGAUCUAGACUGAAACCAUUGAUUAUGAUUUAGAAAAGUACUUUGAGGUCUGUUUACGGGAAAAAAAACAAACAUUGGAUAUUAAAACACAGUCACUCACA